AUGCAAAAUCGAUUAUUACAAGAUAGAGAUAUGAAGCUUUAUUUUAUACUAAUGUUUAUUUUACUAGUCUCCUCCUCUCCGUGUGUGUCCGCGUCAAAGCCCGCUAGCGUUAACAAUAUCACCUCAGCGCUGGACGUAAAACAAGUUGUAGACGAUUUCGACGGAUCUGCCGUCGAGCGUGCCGCCUCGCCAUAUUUGCAACUUCCCGUUUUUCAGCAUUCAAGGGUUCCUCUUUUGGACAAAAAGCAGUUUUCUCCGACACGUGGAUCAGGCCGUGAGCAACUGCCCGAGGAGACGAAAGAAGUUCUCGUCCCGCGCACCGCCGUAACGUUUCCGGAGGCCUCCCGCCGCCGCGGGCGAUCACACGGAGUGAACGUCGUUUGUCAAUUAAAGAAAAUGAUCGUUAAAGUGCACAAAUACAUUUUAGGCGUCGACGGCCCUCAUUCAGAGUUAAAACUGGGAACGUGCGACAUCAGCAAGACGACAAAACACUACCAUGUGUUUAUUUACGACAUGGAUAAGUGUGGAAGUAAAAGAAAGUUAAUAAACAAUAGAGUAACAUAUUCCAACGUCCUGCGCUACUCUCCAGUGACGGACUUGGGGCCAAUCCGCCGUGCCAUGCCUUUCUCGCUCCCUGUUGAGUGUCACUUUAACAGAUAUCAUUACUCAUACAAAAUUGGUUACACGCCGCAAGUCAGAUAUCAAAACUACUUCAAACCCCUGAGAACUGUGGACAGUGUUGUACUCACUCCCCGUGAUGAGCUGUGGAGAAGGCUGUCGCCCACUGAAGAGUAUACCAUCGGUCACCCUAUGUUCUUCCAGGCUGACGGACCCCCUCUAUUCGAGGAUGAGAGGCUGUUUGUAGAUUCCUGUUAUGUGACUAUCAGCAGUUCUCAUUUGUCCAUGCCACGAUUUACAGUCAUUGAAAACCACGGGUGCAUGACUGAUAGCAAGAGCAGCAGGUGGUCCAAAUUCAUCCAAAGUGGACAAAGAAAUGUUGUGCGGUUCUCCUUGGAUGCAUUUAUGUUUCAUGGGAUGUUGGGAGAGCAUCUUUACAUGCAUUGUGAAAUAUCCGUCGGAAAUUUCAAACCAUCAUCAAGUGCAAAAUCCUGCAGCUACAACCAGCUAACAAAACGAUGGGAAGAGUUGUACGGUUCAAAUGAUGCUUGCCUCUGCUGCGACUCCACGUGUUUGUCGUCUGACCUCUCUGUGUCCAGUAAGGUCAUCACCAGUGAGCCCUGGGUCAUGGAGUCUGAAUUAGAAAUUGACAGUGAAGAGCAAACCUCUCCAUUCAUGACAGAGGAGGUAGGAACAGGUUUUGUUGAAGUAAUAACAACACAGACAGCUGAGACUGGACCUCGUCGUGUUGUGGCAGACCCAGCCGCGGUGAAGGAAGUCGAUACAUUUGUGGAGCCACGCAGAAUAUUUGAGGAGGUAUUUGGAAUGGACUAAACAAAAAGGACUGACUAAAAGACUUUUAUGAUUUACUUUUGAGUUAAAUUGCACGUGAUUUGUUAAACAAUACAUGAUGCACACUUUUGAUAAUGUAUCACUAAAAUAUGCACCAUAUGUCUGUGAGACAAUUAUGUCUUGGGAAUUGCUACUGUAAAGCACACAAAAACUACACUACACUGUAAUACACAAUGGUUUUUAGCAGUGGAAAAUUAUUAAAUGUUAUUUUUUGUUCUCCAAACUAAAAAAGAAUAUGGUUGAGCACAAACAUUCUGAAAUGGAUAUUC